AUGAAGUAUUUCGAAGACCAGGUAGUGGCUGGCGAGUGGGAGGAGGUGGAGCGCUACCUCGCGGGCUUCACCAAGGUCGACGACAACCGCUACUCCAUGAAGAUAUUUUUCGAGAUCAGGAAGCAGAAAUACCUCGAAGCGCUGGACAAGUGCGUGGUUUGUCAUCCUCGCGAGAACGAGCAGCUGAGCAAGUACGGGGACACCAAGUCGGCGCGCAACAUAAUGCUGCUGGAGCUGAAGAAGCUCAUCGAGGCCAACCCGCUCUUUCGUGACAAGCUGCAGUUCCCCAACCUCAAGAACUCGCGCCUGCGCACGCUCAUCAACCAGAGUCUCAACUGGCAGCACCAGCUGUGCAAGAACCCGCGCCCCAACCCGGACAUCAAGACCCUCUUCGUGGACCACACCUGUGGCCCCGCGCCCAACGGCGGGCGCACACAGCCGCAGCAGCCUGCUCCUCCCAACUCGCUUCUCUCCGCGGUUCAACAGCAGCAGCAGCAGCAACAGCAGCAGCAACAGCAGCAGCAGCAGCAGCAGCAGCCGCCCAAGGCCCAUCCGUUUCCCCUGGGGCCGGUUGGCGUGGGCGUGGGCGUGGGCGGGCAUGCGCAGCCACUGCAGCCCUUCCAGCCUGGGGGACCAUCCGCCUCCGCCCUGGCGGGGUGGAUGGGCGGACAGCAGCCUGCAGCUGCGCCUCCCCCCCACGCCGUGGUGCCGCCCCCCCCUGCCAACCUGCCCCCAGGGCCCAACCCAGCGAUGCUGAAGCGGCCGCGCACGCCGCCAGGCAACCCGGUGGCAGUGGAGUAUCCGGGCACAGGGGACUCCGACAUGGUGCUCAAGCGGUCCAGGGGCGGCAUGGACGAGGUCUACGGCCAAGUCCCGCCCAAUCAGCAGCCGCCACCUAUCCCAGGAGCAAUCCCAGGCCCGCCAGUACCAGCAAUAGGAAGCAACGUAGCAGGGGCAGGCCUAGGGAGUGCCGUGACCGCCGCCGUCGCCGCAGCAGCUGCAGCAGCGGCAGCAGCAGCAGCAGGGGGACAGGGGCCAGUGGCGCUAGGAACAGGGGUGGGGUCGGGGGGCGGGUAUGCAGUGGAGGAUCUGCCCAAGACGAUUGCGAGGAAUCUGAACCAGGGCUCGUGUGUGAUGACCAUGGACUUCCACCCGUACCAGCCCACGCUCCUGCUCGUGGGCAGCAACACGGGGGAUGUGGCGAUAUGGGAGGUGGGGUCACGAGAGAAGGUGGUGGACCGCCCUUUCAAGCUCUGGGACCCCCAGCAGUGCUCGCCUCAGUUCCAGACGCUAUGGAUGAAGGAUCAAACCAUCGCUGUGAAUCGUGUCAUCUGGGAGCCUAACGGACAACUCUUUGGAGCGGCGUUCUCAAAGCACAUGGUGCACAUCUACACGUACCAGAACCCAAGCAGCAUGGGGCAGCAUCUCGAGAUCGACGCGCAUGUGGGUGGAGUGAACGAUCUGGCCUUCUCUCACCCCAACAAGCAGCUCUGCAUCAUCACAUGCGGCGAUGAUAAGACCAUCAAAGUGUGGGAGGCGAGCAGUGGGCGCAAGCUGUACACGUUUGAGGGCCAUGAGGCACCCGUCUACUCCGUAUGCCCGCACCACAAGGAGAACAUUCAGUUCAUAUUCUCGACGGCCAUAGACGGGAAGAUCAAGGCGUGGCUGUACGACCAUCUGGGGUCCAGAGUGGACUACGAUGCGCCGGGCAAGUGGUGCAGCACCAUGGGGUACUCUGCUGAUGGCACGCGCCUCUUCUCCUGCGGCACGAGCAAGGAGGGCGAGACGUCGCUGGUGGAGUGGAACGAGAGUGAGGGCGCCAUCAAGCGCAGCUACCUGGGCUUCCGCAAGCGCUCGCUGGGCGUGGUGCAGUUUGACACCACACGCAACCGCUUCCUGGUCGCCGGUGACGAGUACCUCAUCAAGUUCUGGGACAUGGACAACACUGCCGUGCUCUGCACACUCGAUGCUGAUGGUGGCCUGCCGGCGAGUCCGAGGGUGCGGUUCAACAGGGAGGGGUCACUGCUGGCGGUGACAGCAGCGGACAACUCAGUGAAGAUCCUCGCCAACGAUAUGGGCCUGCGCCUCCUCCGCAACCUCGAGGCCGCCGCUGCCACCGCUGCAGCUGCUGCCGCUGCCGCCGCGGCUGCUGCAGCGGCCCAGAGGCCUGUGGACACCAAGCCGCCACCACCCGCCCUGCCCCAGCCUCCAUCACAGCAGCAGCAGCAGCAGGCAGUGCAGGCAGCAGCAGCUGCAGCCGCCGCCGCUGCUCAGGCGUCUCAGCAACCUCCCCCUUCCCAGGCGCCAUCUCAGCAACAGCAGCAGCAGCAGCUUCAACAACAGCAGCAGCAGCUGCAGCAGCAACAGCAACAGCAGCAGCAACAACAGCAACAGCAGCAGCAACAACAGCAGCAACAGCAGCAGCAGCAGCAGCAGCAGCAGCAGCAGUUGGAUCGCUCAUCCCCUGCUUCCGCUCUUACUGCUUCGAGGCUGCAGGAGGACGGGCCAGACAAGAAGGGAUGGAAGCUUACUGAGUUCUCGGAGCCCUCACAGGUCCGGGCCGCCCGCCUGCCGGACAGUCUGCCGCCCAGCAAGGUGCUGCGUUUGAUAUACACCAAUUCAGGCGUGGCACUGCUGGCCCUCUCUGCCAAUGCCGUGCACAAGCUGUGGAAGUGGCAGCGCUCCGACCGCAACACCAAAGGACUGGCCACUGCGAGCUCUGUCCCGCAGCUGUGGCAGCCGGCGAGUGGCAUCAUGAUGACGAACGACACGGGCGAUGUGAGCUCGGACGACCGGGAGGGAGUGCACCCGGUGGCAUGCAUAGCACUGUCCAAGAACGACUCGUAUGUCAUGUCCGCCUCGGGGGGCAAGGUGUCGCUCUUCAACAUGCUCACCUUCAAGGUGAUGACGACGUUCAUGGCGCCGCCCCCAGCAGCCACGUUCCUGGCGUUCCACCCACAGGACAACAACAUAAUCGCCAUUGGCAUGGACGAUGCCACCAUCCAGAUCUACAACGUGCGGCUUGAUGAGGUGAAGAGCAAGCUGAAGGGGCACAGCAAGCGCAUUACAGGGCUUGCCUUCUCCAACGCCCUCAACAGCCUCGUGUCCUCUGGGGCUGACUCGCAGUUGUUCCUCUGGAGCACGGACGGGUGGGAGAAGCGGAAAUCCCGCCCGCUGGCCCUGCCGUCCCGCUCGUCCCCGACGCAGCAGGCGGACACGCGGGUGCAGUUCCACAACGACCAGCAGCACCUGCUGGUGGUGCACGAGUCGCAGCUCGCCAUCUACGACGCCGCCAAGCUCGACCGCCUGCGCCAGUGGCUGCCCCGCGACCUCGGCCCACUCUCCGCGCCCAUCACUGCCGCUGCCUACUCCUGUGACUCCUCGCUCGUGCUCGCUGCCUUUGCGGACGCCACUGUGUGUGUGUUUGACGGGGAUAGCCUCCGGCCGCGGUGCCGCGUUGCUCCUUCGGCGUAUGCGCCGUCUGUCGGACCGGGUCUUGUCGUGCCAAUGGUGGUCGCAGCACACCCGCAAGAUCCUAACCAGUUCGCAUUGGGCCUGAGUGAUGGUUCAGUGCAUGUGCUAGAGCCUUCUGAUCCUGAUGGCAAGUGGGGCCUACCCUUGCCUGCUGAAAAUGGUUCUGGGGCGGGUGCUAUGUCGACAGGUGGGGGAAGUGGAGGGGUGGACCGAUAG